AUGGCCGACCGCAUGGACACCAAACUUCGCGCUUCGUCGCCGUCGAAUAAGAUUGGCACCGCAGGCGCAUCGAACUUUCGCACGGAGGAGAUUCGUGGUUAUUUGAUGAAAAAAACGCGCGAAGGCAAGUGGCAGAAGCGGUGGUUCGAGACAAAUGGCUGCUUCCUCACAUACUACAAGAAACAAGGUCAGAAACUACUGGCAGCACUCAAUUUGCCCCAAGUUGGUGUCAUUACGCUGCUCCCGGAAGACCACGCUGAUGGUUCUGGUCUUUUCACCAUUGAGCUGAACGAGCGUGUGUAUACUAUCAAAGCGUGUUCCCAUGACGAAGCUGCGUUUUGGGUCGAUGCGCUGCUGUGGCGUCAAGCAGGUGGCAUGGUCAAAAAGCCGCUGGAGGCGAACAAGCAAAUGGUCGGUCAUGGAGCCUCAUUGGACCAGACAGAUAGUGUCUGCAGCUCAGCAGCUUCCACUCCUACCAACUCUAUGUACGCGGAAAAGAUGGGCAUGCAUCACGUAGACAUGACGGCUGCCAAUCCGGAUAAUGCGGGCAAAAAUGGAGCUCCGUGCGCAGCCUGCUGCGUUGUGCAAUAG